AUGGAUCGCAUCAAGCAAUUGCAUGCACACAUUAGCGCGUCUCCAGCAUCUCCUCCUUCAACAAACGUAUUCGUAGCCCCAAGAGCAGAAGGCUGCCCACAAAACGUCUAUAAAACAGUGCUUUUACCUGCUGCACUUGAAUUUGUCGUGGAAUUAGCUGCUGCAUUUCAGCAAGAUGUUCAGCAUCUACACUCAAGACGUCAUACACGACGGCUUGAAAUGUUACAAAGCGAAGUAAAGCCUUUUUUUCUGGAGGAUACGCGAGCGAUCCGAGAAGACAAAGCGUGGCGUAUCGACCCAUUACCUCCCGCACUGAUGGACCGGCGAGUUGAUAUCGGAGAUGUUUCUCCUGUCAAUCAUGUACAUUUAUUACGUGCUCUAAAUUCUGGAGCGCAGGGUGUGCAAGUGGAUUUUGACGACGGACACUGUCCGACAUGGAACAAUACGAUUUGGGGCCAUUUUAAUUUAAUGCAAGCAGUGAGAGGCCUACUAGUAGCAUCGGGGGAGACGAUGGUAGCGAAUCCAGCACUUCUUAUUGUUCGUCCAAGAGCCUGGAAUAUGGAUGAGCCGCAUGUUGUGGUAAACGGUCGACAUGUGCCGGGAGCGCUAUUUGAUUUUGGGAUGCACAUGUUUCACAACGGUAAGCGCUUAGUAGAUACCGCAAAGGGGCCUUAUUUGUAUCUUUCCAAGCUGGAAGGGUACAAAGAAGCCGCGUUGUGGAGAAGAAUAUUUGAGUACACGGAAAAAAAACUCGAGUUUGCUCCCGGAAUCAUCAAGGCCACAGUGUUGAUCGAAAAUAUUUUUGCUGCGUUCGAGAUGGAAGAGAUUCUCUAUGAGCUUCGUCACCACUCUUGUGGCUUAAAUUGUGGUAUGUGGGACUACACGGCGUCCAUUGUAGUAAACUUCCGCCAUCAAGUUGAAUUUGUGCUGCCAGACCGUCAGCAGUAUGUAUCAAUGCAAUCGAGUUAUCUCAGGAAUUACAUGAAUCUACUAAUCUCCACCUGCAAGCGUCGUGAAGCACCCGCAACUACUGGGAUGGUUCCCUUUGUUCUGUCGAAGUUACCAUCUGGAGUAUUACAAGCUGAAAUUAUCAAAAAAAUAAAGUCGGGUAAGAUGAUGGAAGCUUUGGCGGGGUCUGACGGUGCGCUGGUAUAUGACGUCGCACUCACUAUGCCUGUGGCCGAAGUAUUCACAACAGCGCGUCAACGCAAGAAAAAGGCUGACUUUCUUUUCUUAAGAGCUGUAAAUGAAGAAAUGGUGGCUCAAAAAUUGCUCACACUUCCUCGUGGAGACGUAUCCUUACGGUCCGUAGAAUUGAAUGUACGCGUUGCGCUUUUAUAUGUGCUUCACUGGCUUUACGGACAAGGCACUGUCGUCGUAAAUGGAUGCAUUGAAGACUCAGCAACUGCUGAGAUUUCACGUGCGCAGUUAUGGCAAUGGGUUUAUCAUCGUGUGCCAAUCGCCGAGACGUCGCAGCAAGUCGAUGCCUUUCUUAUCAAUAGGAUGCUACAAAUGGUUUCAGAUGAAGAAAAUCGAGAUGAGCGGCACAUCCCUCAGUACAUUAAAGCAGCUCGGCGGCUCGUAUUUCUCUUGGCAACAAUGCGUUUCCCACCAACGUUUCUUACAACGUUUCUUCAAGAGAAUAAAGUAAUCGUGCACAAUCUCGAGCGUGAGGCGGAAGGCUUGAAGUAG